AUAUACAUAUAUACAAAUAUCUAUUUCUUUGCAUUACAUCUUCUGUUUCUGUAUUUUUUCUUCCGCACUUUGUAAGGCCUCUUUUAACAGUUUGUUUUCCCCUUUAUCUGACUCAUGCUUUCUGUGUGCCCUGUCAUUUAACCUGUCAUAUUAGCAAAGGAUAAACUAUCCCUUAGAUAAAGAAACAGACUCUCAAAACUACAGUGAUGUGCAAAUGUCUUGAGCAAGCCCUCAGUUCUUUAUUAGUUCAUAUGAUUUUUUUUUUUUUUUAAAACCACUUAGCGCUGACCUAUGAAUCAUUCAAGUAUAGAAAAGGCACAAUUUAACAAUUCAAGGGACAAAUCAGCUAUUUUGUGUCCACGCAUAACAUAAACUUAAAUUUUUAGCUUUAAAAAUAGCGGUUAAUCAGCAUCAAAGACCUGACACAGGAUGCGUCUGGACCUUCAGUUGAUCCAUUGACUCUUCACUGAAACUUCAAUGGGCUCAGUGAAAGGGUGUGCUCUCAAGAAGCCAUUAUUAAUGAUGAUAAAGAGGGAGAAAAGCCUGAGGUAUACCAAAUUACACAAGAAUUGGACUGAAACGAGUCUUAUAAAGUGAUGAAUCCAAAUUUGAAUUAUUUUGAGGAUAUUGUGAAAAUUGAUGGAAUUAUAAAUGCAGAAAAGUCUCAUAAGAUUUUGAUUUACUAUACAGUAUCAUCUGGAAAGUGUUGAUUGGCAACAGCUUUAUAUUUCAGCAUGUCAGUGAUCCCAAACACACUGUCGGUGCAGUAAAGGUGUAGGUGGAAAGAAAAAAACACAAUGAAACCGCUUCAGUCAAGGAUUGUCCACCACAGAGCCUGGACUUCAGCAUUUUUGAAGCAGCGUGGGAUCAUUUUGACAGAGAACAGAACAAAAGUGGUGGGUUUGGACAUCCAAGAUGAGAUGGGACGCCACGAGGUCGGUCACAUAGAGAACUCCAUGAAGAUUCCCCUCAACCAGGGUGACGGUUGUCGCUUUGAGGGAGAGUUCAGCAUCAACAAAGUACCGGGAAACUUCCACGUGUCGACACAUAGUGCCACAGCACAGCCUCAAAGCCCUGACAUGACCCACACCAUCCACAAGCUUGCCUUUGGAGAAAAGCUCCAGGUACAGAAAGUCCAAGGAGCCUUUAAUGCUUUAGGAGGGGCAGACAAGAUGUCAUCUAAUCCUCUUGCUUCACAUGACUACAUAUUGAAGAUUGUACCAACAGUGUAUGAAGACCUCUCAGGCAGACAGAGGUUCUCUUAUCAGUACACAGUAGCCAAUAAGGAAUAUGUUGCUUACAGCCACACGGGAAGAAUUAUCCCAGCGAUCUGGUUCAGGUACGAUCUCAGUCCGAUCACAGUGAAGUACACGGAGCGGAGACAGCCCCUCUACCGCUUCAUCACAACAAUUUGUGCCAUCGUCGGAGGGACGUUCACAGUCGCGGGGAUCAUCGACUCCUGUAUUUUCACUGCUUCUGAGGCCUGGAAGAAGAUACAGAUUGGCAAAAUGUCAUGAUGACUGUUUCCAACCCUCUCCUCACAUCUUAUUUAUAAGUGCAAAGUUGCUAGCCUGUUAGCUAAAUCCAGUCCGAAACGACCUCCUUCAGGAGAUUGUAUCACCUUGUCCAUAUAAGAGUCUCGGGCACUUGAUUUAACUACCAGGCUGCAGGGAUGCGUCUGUUUUAUUAAAGAUCCUCUCGGGCUCCUUCUGCUCCAAUGACGUGAGAAUGCUGACUAUCACAUGUCGGCUUCCUCCAUCUUCAGUGUCAGGAGGGGAAAGGAGAGGAGAUGAUAUCUUUUGUUACUGAGUGUGCCAGGGAUUCAUCCUGUAUUUUUUUUUUUUU